AUGACAACAAUCGAACGAUAUCAUCGUUUACAACAUGAAUAUGAUCAUUAUAAUCGUCGUUAUAACAUGUUACAUUCUAUAACUAUACAAAAACAAGAUGAACUUGAUGAUUUAAUGAAUCAUAUGAAUGAAUUAUUAGUAUUAUUAGAUGAGAGAACAAAUAAUUCUUUUCAAAUCGGAUCAUCUAUUUGUGUAUAUGAUCAUGGUGAUCAUUUGACAAUGCCAUCGAUGAUAGAAUCCGAAAAGAAUGAAGAAUCUGAUGAUGAUGAUCCUUUACUACAACGUCUUAAAAUAACAAAACCAAGUCGAUUAAAAAGUUCAACAAAUCAGUUUUUUAAAUGA